AGAUAACAAAUAUAUUGUUUGUGAGCAGCAGGCAUCACUGCCAGCUGUCCUUUGCUGUGACAACACACCUGGAGAAGGGACUGCUGCUGGCCUUCAGCUUUGAUGGGAGUAACAAUCAACUGGUGCCUAACUGAGACCAGCAUCCUCGGGUGCCUGGGGCAGGGAUUUUGAGUCCCAAAGAGCUUCCUGUGUGGGGCAGCCUUCCAAAUACUGCAUCAUUAUGGCAUGUGAAGCAUUUCUUUAACUUUGCAUCCUGGAAUUCUUCUGAAAAGACACGCCUCAUCUGAGAAAACCAAGAGUUUCCAGCAGUUCCCUACAGAAUCCUCAGUGGAAAAAAAUUAUCCUGGAGACAUCAUCAUGCCUUUUCUGCUGUGCUUGAAAAAGAAGAAGUCACCUGUGCCUUUAGGCAGGAGUAUCUUUCAAAAACACACCCCUCCCAUCCAGCAGAACUACCAGGCUUUGCUGGAAUCGUGCUUGAAGAACAAAUGCUUGUUCACAGAUGACACCUUCCCUGCUCACAUCAGCUCCAUUGGAACAGGAGCCCUGCUGAAGAAACUGCCCCGAAAUUUACACUGGAAGAGGCCACAUGCCUUGCACAAAAGUCCUGUAUUUUAUGCUGCACACAGAAAGCAGCCUGAUCUCUGCCAAGGAUUGGUGGAGAACUGCUGGUUCCUGGCGGCCCUGGAAGCCCUGACAUUCCACCAGGACAUCUUGGCUGCAGUGGUGCCACAGAACCAGAGCUUUGAGAGGAAAUACGCGGGCAUUUUCCACUUCCGGUUCUGGCACUUCGGGGAAUGGAUUGACGUGGUGGUUGAUGAUCUCCUGCCGGUGAACGAGGCUGGGGAGCUGCUCUUUGUUUCCUCAGUCUAUAAGAAUGUGUUUUGGGGAGCCCUUCUGGAGAAGGCAUAUGCUAAACUCUAUGGCUCCUAUGAAGAUCUGCAGAUUGGGCAGGUUUCAGAAGCCCUGGUGGAUUUCACAGGGGGUGUCAAUACAAGGAUCAAGCUGGCAGAAGCUCCUCCUCAUCUGUGGGAAAUACUGACAAGAGCCACCUACAGCAGAUCUCUCAUGGGCUGUCAGACACACUUAGGGGCAACAAAGGUCCUGAAGAAUGGGCUUGUUGCUGGCCAUGCCUACACAGUAACUGGUAUCAGAAAGGUGACCUGUCAAUAUGGACCAGAAAACCUAGUGAGACUGAGAAAUCCAUGGGGAAAAAUUGAGUGGAAAGGAGACUGGAGUGACAGCUCUUACAAGUGGGAGCUGCUGAGCCCAAAGGAGAAGAUUUUACUGAGGAAAAAGAAGGAUGAUGGAGAGUUCUGGAUGUCUCUGCGAGAUUUUAAGAUCCAUUUUGUAGAUCUGGUGAUCUGUAAAUUAACUCCAGACCUGAUGAGCCAGGAAGAUGGCAAAAAGUGGAUGUACUCCUUGAAGAGUGGGAGAUGGGUUAAAGGAAGUACAGCAGGAGGAAGUCUGGGAUUCUAUAACGGCAACUUUUGGAUGAACCCUCAGUACUGGCUGAAUGUGCUGCCAGCUGAAGACAGCAAGAAGAGCCCAAGCACGUGCAGUGUGGUUAUAUCCCUCAUGCAGAAACACAGCACCAAACACCGGAACCGAGCCCCUCACCUUUUCAUUGGAUUCUUACUCUAUAAGGUGGGCCUACAGUACCAGGAGAGCAACAGAAAGCUGCCCCCGGGUUUCUUCACCCGACAUCAGCCUGUGAACAAGCACCAGGUUUUCCUUGAUGAGCGGGAGGUGACUCAUGACUUCCAUCUGGAGCCUUGUGUCUACGUCAUUGUCCCCUCCACCCUGGAGCCUCAGCAAGAGUCUGAGUUCAUCCUGCGGGUUUUCUCCAGGAAGCACGUCCUUCGGGAAAUGGGUGGGAACACGAGCUUCACGCUCUCUAAGGAAAUUGUUGAUAGGUAUGAAGGCAAGAUUUGGGAGGAUUUCUUCACAAAGCAUUUUGAACAGAAUCCUGAAAUAAAUGCUGUUCAGCUCCAGAGGAUCUUGAAUAAUAUAUCUUGGAGAAAUUUCCAGAGUUUUCGCCUGAAUUUCAGUCUGGAUUCCUGCCAGGGCAUCUUGGCACUCCUGGAUCUGAAUGCCACUGGCACACUGAGUAUCCAGGAAUUCAGAGUCCUGUGGAAGAGGCUGCUUUUCUAUUUGGAAGUUUUCCAGAAGAGAGACACCAAGAGAUCAGGGAAGCUUGACCUUGUGGAACUGCACGCAGCUGUACAGGAGACAGGCAUUUCACUCAGCAAUGAAGUCUGUAAUUUGAUGGCAAUCAGAUAUGGUGACCCUGACUUACAGAUCAGUUUUGAGAGCUUUGUUUGCUUCAUGCUUCGAGUGGAGAUCAUGGGAGAGGCCUUUCGCAACUUAACCCAGGAUGGCAAAGGGAUUUACCUCCGGGAAUCCGAGCUUAAACGUUUAAUUAACUGGAGAUGCCGUCGUGGAAAGUUUGCUGGAGAAGAAUGCUUGCGGUUUAAUUAAAAGGAAGAAAAAUCCUUCAGAGGUACUGAAAGAGAUCUGCUUGCAACACUGAUAGUGGCAAAAAGCCUGCAGGAACUCCUGCACUUCCCUUUCUGAGUGCAGCAGUAGGUGAGGAGGUGCACAGCAAUAUCAUCACCCUAGAGGAGAAGAGUCUUUCUGAUAUAUGUGCUACUGGAGGCAGCACUUCUUCAUGGGGAUGGUGCACUGCCAUGAACAGCACUGAGUGCUGGGCCACACCAAGUUGAACCAGACUCCUGGUUAAAGCUACCCCUGCCUGAUCCAGAUCUUCCCCUGGCACUGGAGCUCUGUCCUAGAAGCCCCUUUCAAUCCAGAGCUCAGUGGAGCUCCUCAAUCUUACAAUAACCUCCCAUGUUCAGCUGAGACUCCUCAAUAUCCCCAAGUUGGGGGUGGAUUUUGAUCCUUUCCUCUGAUCACUUCUCGACUCUGUUGGAGCCCCUUUCAACUUUCUGAGAAAAAACUGCAAAGUAUUUGUGAUCCUUUUGGAAAAGAAGCAUUCUGUGAAUGGAAUCUCAGAUGUGAACUGAACACAAACCCAGAGUACUCCUAGUAAAAACUGCACUGAAGCAGUGUCCAGCUGGUUUGUAGACCCAGUGAGAUUAGAUUUCCUUGAAAUAUGCUUUACACAUGUCCUUGAAACAGCAAGGAAGCCACUUUCCCCUUCCACCCAUUCCUCAAAGGACCUGAAGGGCCAUUGUCUGAAGCUGUGAUUGUGAAGAGUCCCCUUCCCACUCAGAAAUCAUGUCCAAAAUAUUUUUCCUUUCACAAAGAAAUCAUUUUCAUCAGCUUUUCACCGCUGAUACCAACAAAUGCCAGCCACCCAUUUCCUAGAGUGUUUUUCUGUCUCUUGCUGUACUGCCUGUAAAUUUUCUUGUGUUGGAAACAGGUAAUACAUUAUGGACCUCACUUGUGAAGCAGCUGAGAUUGGCAGAUAAAAAUAUUAGAGAAACGGGAAAGAUAUGGGUCAAUAAUGCAACAGAAGAUUUUUUUUAUUAUUAUUAUUUUUUAUACAAGUCUCUGAACCUCCAGAUUUGUAUUCUUGUUUAAAUAGCAGUUUCCAUCAUCUGCUUGACAUAUUAUCUGUCCCAGCACACAGGCACACGGUCAGGAGGAAAAUCCUUCCUUGAGAAUGAUGCAUUGCCAGAGCUCCUGGGGGCUCCUGCCUCCACAGGGAAGGCUGCACAGAGCUGGGAUUUGCAGUGUACCCCCCCUGGCUGGAAUGGUGGCAGUGCCAGCAGGGAAUCAUCAGCCCUUUUCCGGGAUAACAGCGAGUUAUCCAUCACGGCACCGAGCCCUGCCAGUGAAGCUUUCCCUCAGCAGAGGGAGUUGUUUCUCAAGGUAAUAAGAAAAGCAUUAUCUGAUUGCAUUUUUGUCAGGUAUGUCCUAUUUAUUACCUUACCUGUAAUCUAAUUUGUAAUGUAUUUCCUUGAUAUUUUCUAUACUUCCCCUCUGUAUUUUGUAAUAGCUUCCCCUGAAAGCCUGACCUACAAAAAAGACAAGGUUUUUAAUCCAGCUUUGAAUGAUAACACCCUCCAGGUGCCUUUAUCUGGAAAAACUCUCCUUGCACAGAGGGAGGUCUGGUAUGAAAAACUCAGCACCCUCUGAAAAUGUGUUGGGGGAACACUGUUUACCAGCAGCCAAGGUCACUUUGUCCCAGGCAGGAAAAUACUUGUGGCUAUUUUCUACUUGUGGCAAGGUGAUCUUUUUGGUCAGAAAGCCAUUCCUGAUCCAAAGGAGGUAUGUGAGAGGUAGAAACCAGUCUGUCCCAACAGCAGGAAGGCAAGAAAAUAUCUCUAAGCCACGUAAAAGCUAUCACUGAUGUGCCUCAGCUGCUGAAAGCUGCUCAGGUGUUUUACCUUGGCUGUCAGGAAAAAGCAUAAGGCAGCACUUUGGGGAGAGAGCAGCACCUGUAGGUCCCAGCUAGGUUGGGCAGAGGUGUCUCAUGGUGGCAGAGGUGCAGUGUGAUGGUCCAGGUACCCUGAACGUGGGGCUGAGGAAGGUUAAUUGGCAUGAGAAAUUAUGCAUGCUGUGGGAACAGGUUGCAUUUUCAGGUUGGUGGCUCACCAGGGCAUGAGAGCUUUCUGCCCUCUUCCCACCUGGUUAGUUCUUCUGUUGCUUGGCUGUAAAGCAAAGUUCAAAUUCACUGCAUGAUGGACCUGGAUUUCCUGCUUCUGGUAAAGGUGUUUCAAAGUCACACAGUUUUAAAACAAAGAAAGAGAAAUGUCCCUUUUUGUGGAUGCUAAUGAAAUUUUUAUCUGGGCAUCUUUCUGUGAAUGUUGGGCCUGAGAGGCACGGAUUAUGUUAGGGAGAAGGGCUUAUUGAGCCCUGGAAAUAAAUCAGAGGAGGACAGAGGAUGAAGAUUGCAAAUGAUAAAUUAGCAAGUGACAGAAAACAACUGCAGGAAAUAAUAAAGCCAGGAGAAGUGUGUGGGAAAUGCAUAGGAGAGGUUGUUUACAACAUGUGCAUUGGACUUUCCAGCAUUUGACAUCUUAUCUCUAUUUCAUUCCAUAUGUUACUUUAUGCAUGGAUUCCUGUUUUUAUGGGGUUUGUUCUAUAGUUUUUGCACUAACAUGAAUGACUCACAUCUGCUCCAAUACUUAAUUUAUUUUCUAAUGUCUUCUGCAAAGGUUUGCUCAGCUCAUGUAAUACUUGUCAGUGGCGAGAUCGGAGGAGCAGCUUCAGGCAGGUGAGCAGGGAUAGCUGGGUGAGACAGCUCUUUUCUGGAGUUGUGUUAGGUGUUUUUUUUACCUGUAAUUCCCACUUUGGCUGCCCUGUGUGGGCAGGCCUGCUAUGCUGGGGCUGUGUAUGGAGCCAGCAGGGAACACCCCAUGGGACAAGGAUGACAGCUGAGGGUCGUCCUUGCAGGACCACGGCCGGCACUAAGCUGCUGCCGGAAUACCAACAGCUGAUGAUUAUGAUUUUAUUUUUUAAGUGUUCUUGACAGCUCUGGAGACACACAUCUUCUCUUCCAAAUCCAGUAAUUAAAUUCCACCUACCUGAAUUCCCCCUGCUGUUUCAAUUGGUUAAAUUA